GGAUUAUUGAAAGACAAGAAAAAAGUACUACUCACGCUUUCCCACUCCCACCUCAUCACGUUCUGUUCUCUCUUUUUGACCUGAAAAAUAAUCUUAUUUUUUACUUUCUUCCUACAAAAUCCACCCCCGUUUUAUUUUAAUCUUUUAAACUAUCUUUCUCUAUUAGCAACCGUCUCUGUUUUCUUCCCUGAACCUCUUCCCCAACAAGCCAUCUUCCUUUUCUCUCUCACACACUCACACACUACCCCGUCUUUUUCUCUCUCUAGAAACUAGAAUCCUUUUCUGCUAUCUGCUAUGGUGCAUGGAUUGAAACUAGAAUCCUUCCUCUGAUUCUUUUCUCUUUGAAUUUGGAAAAUAUCCAAAAUUUUUAAAACAGUCUGUUUCAUUUCAUUCACCCAUUCUUUCUCUCAUUUUUUCCUGCAAAUUUGAGAAAAGGUUGAAACUUUGAUAGAGGUUUCUACUUCUAUCAAUGGCAUCGACGGUGCCGGCGAAAUCUCAACCGCUCCACAAUUUUCCCUUGUCGCACUUGAAGUGGUCCAGCGGUCAUCAGCGUCCUCGGUCUUCCUCCGCCGCGGCGAGGCUUGCGUCUCCUUCUCCGCAUCGAUCGCCGCCGUUCAGUCAUGGUUCUCCUCAGCAUCAUUCUCCACUCCGGCAAUCUGUUCCGGCGAUUCAAUCUCAGUCCCGCGGCGGGGAAUCGACUUCCGGUACGUCUCCGGUGAGAGGAGGCGCCGCCGGCUGUGGCGAAGAUUCUGGGCUGCUGGGUCAAGUGCGUCAGUCUCCCUUGCGACCUGGCGUUAGCGAUGACUCGACUGCUCCACUGUCAAGCCAAUCUCCGAUCUAUGACGGCGGUAAGUCUGAGUCUUCUCAUAGGAUUGGGAAACCUGUAAUUGAAUACCGGAGGCAUUCCAGGAAUUCUGUUUCAUCGAAUGGGAGGAAUGGAACCUUUAGAUCCUCCUCGGUUGAUCGAGAUGAUUCAGUUGUGGGGAGGCCGGAUAAAAAAUUGAAGGCGGCGGCGGCGCUGGAGACGGAUAACAAAGAAAGCAGGUCAUCGAAAAUUCUGAUUAAAAUUAAGCCCAAUACCAGCAAGUUGGCUGAGGAAGUUCAAGGUGAAGAGGAGGGUAAAAGUGUAGACAAUGAGGAAGAGGGUAAACUGUUGGAUGCUUUUGAUGAUGAAGAACCGUUGCCGAAGAUAUGGAAUUUGAGGCCAAGGAAGCCGAUAAGAAAGUCACUGAAUUUGAACGGAAGUGGAUUUAAGAACGGUGGGUUAGGGAUGCAGGAAAAGAGGUCCCAAUCCCCGCAGGUGAACCCCUGUGGCCACAAUAAUAGAUCGGACAAUCAGAAGAAGGAGAAAAGGAAGAUUAACUUCUCACUUUUGCUUUCCAGAGAAGAAAUUGAAGAGGAUAUGUAUGCUAUGUUUGGAUCGAAAAUUACAAGAAGGCCUAAAAAGAAGCAAAAGAUGGCUCUUAAGUUGCUAGAUAAUAUUUUCCCCGGUGCUUGGUUGUCAUCUGUGACUGUGGAUUCCUAUAAGGUCUCGGAACAUCCAGCAAAGGUAUGAUCUUUGAUUCCAAAUUGCAGCUUUUGAAACUGUUGCAUGGUUUUGUGAGUAUCUCAUUUAGAAUGAUUUUUGUGUUUUGCAGGCUUAGAUUAGUUAACCUUUUGCAAGAUUGUCCGAGGUAGCUUGAGGCUUGGAUUUUGUGAUGCUUUCCCUUCACACCGGUAGAAGUGAAGUGACUUGUAAAGAUGAAUUGGAGGUUUAUUUGAUUUGAAAGUAGUUGUCUUCUUCACGUUUUACGGCUUUCAUUAUGCUCUUUUCUUUUUAGACCAGAAAGCAUUAGGAAAAGGAUCUUGUUCUUAAUUUAUCAGUAGUUGCAGAUCAGAUGUACAGUUGAAGUUUAGACAACUUAAUAAAAGUUUUUCCAUAUCUUUAUGUCAUGCUUUUGGGAUGGAACUUCCUUUUUGUAAUGUAGUAUUGCUUUCUUUUUUUUUUCCUGUGUGUUUUCUUUUCCUCUCAUUUUGUGGCAUUUCUCCCCACUGUUAGAUCUUUGUAUGUUCUACUGAUGGAUGCUCCCAUCUGAGAACCUUUAAGAUUGUAUGUGUUUUCAAUUGGUCUGGUUUCAUCUUGGUUCUAGUUGGCAACUGAUUUGCAUUCUUUACUACUGACUUAGCACUACAAUCGGCUAUCAACUGCGUUUCACAUAUGCCUUCUGUCUUAAAAAGUGGGGAGGAAAUGAGAAUUGAAUGAAUAGCUUCACAGUGUUUGAGCUUAUUUCUUUGUACUUUCUGCCUCAUUGUUGCAGAUACUUAAAAGUUACUAUUGCCAUUUCUGUUGUUACUUGAAAGGUUAGCCAGGAUUUUAAUUAUCUUAAGAUUUGAGAUGCUGAAUUAUCAAGGAUUGGACAGUGUGAUGUGGUGCUUGCAGCUGAUUACCAUGCUAGUUGAAUGUGUUUUAAACUUUUUGUGGAGGAAAUCUGUCAAGUCAGAUUGUAGCUAACUUGGUUAUCUUGGUAGUAUACGUUGUUCAACUGAUUUCUUUAAACCUUGUGUUCUUUACUGCUUAUCAACGUAAGUAAUGUCAGUUAGAAGUAUCCUAAUUGUACAUUGGAAUGAUAAACUGAGAAGAAAUACUGCAACCUUUUCAAUACUACCAUGCCUUUUACAUGACUGUUUGAUAAUGGUUUUGCUUCUGCUGGAGUUAGUUUUCUUUUGUUUAGGGAUAUUACUGAGAAGUCUAGAAUGCUAUUUCUCCAAUGUUUUUUCAAAGUAUCAUAUGUUCAUACCAAAUCCCGUGUCUUUACGAGUGCUUUUGGUCUUGAACCUAUGCAACAGUUGCUUUGAAUAUGUUACAUGCCAAAGUUUCAUGUUCUUGCCUGUUGACAGGGCUUUCUCCUCUGAUUCUCUUUUUCUUGGGUGCUUUGUUUCAUUCCCUCUUUAUAGUGGGGUGAUGUUUCUUCAGCAUUGUUGACGAUCUGCCCAACAAGUUUUGUGUGCAUAAUGCAUAUUGAGUGAGUGAGUGAGUGGUUGACUCUUUGACUUGGGAUGCUCUUAUUGUUGCCAUUAAACAUGGGAAGAGAGGUAGAACUAAUUGGUCGUGAAUCCAUCUUUCCUGUCAGCUGCCUGUACUGGAUUCAUGACUUCCUGGAUACCUUUCUGUAUAUACUCCCAGUUGGUGAAUUCCGUUCAUAUUUGUGUCAUCUGUCUGUAUGAGGUAUCAAACGCAUCCUGGACAGGUGAUCAUAUUAUGUUCUGUAGGUUUCAAUAGAUGAUGGUCAUUUACAGCCAGGUUGGGAUAUUCACGGGAGCUUGUAACCCUCUUUUUGUUGGAACCUUAAAACUCCCUCUGGAGAACACUUAUAAAAAGGUGCAAGAGUUAUACUCUCAGCAAAGCAAAGUUGGUAGAGGAUUAUAAUCUGGUAGAGGCUCAGCCGAACCAGAGACCAUGAGCAGCCUGAUUCCCGGACAUCUCAAUUUUCGCCUGUUGCAGCCUGAUUCCCGGACCGUCGUCUCAAUUUUCACCGUUGGGGAAUUGACGAAUGGAAUGGUCAGUGGUGCACCACCAACUGGAAAACGUCAAGCAGGAGCUUCUUGCAGGCAAUAAAUAGCAAGGAUGCUUUGCUUGCCAUGGGGGUUUAGUUAACUUUUUUCUUUAUGGAGUAAUUAUACCGUUUAGUUAAUUCUAUUCUUUCUUCCCGUUGAUGUAGAAUUGUACUCCCUCCGUCUCUUAAUUAUUGUCUAAGUUGGGCUUUCAAUUCUAGUUCAAAUUGUACUAAAAGUAAAAUCUCAAACGGGACCAUAGUUUUGGGACAAAGGGAAUAAAUCUUAACAAACUCCCCUAUUUAAAAUGGUGCCGUAAUAACUGAAUUUUCUUGCAGACACCAUAUAAUAUAACCCAUAUUAGAUUCUCAUUUAGUCUUAACAAUUUGAUCAAACUCUUCAUUAGUUUGUUUAGUUUUCUCUUGUCCCAUAAUUAUAGUCUUAUUAGUCGUAGAACUAAUGUACCUCUUAACAGUUGGAACUAAAAUAGUUCAAUAAAAUAACUCAAUCGGGGACAAGCGUUCUUUCAGCAGGAUUUCAAGCAAUGGAUAAGGAGCAACUUGGAUGCAGAGGACUUCAAAUGGAGGGCCAACUUCGGAGUUACAUGCUGGACGUUGUGGAAUGUGCGAAAUGAUAGAGUUUUUAAUGGCAUGAUCAUGAAUGUGAAUAACAUCACCAGGUCUGUUGUGCAUAAAUCAGACGAGAUAGAUAGAAGUCAGAGACUACUUGUGUGGAACAGAAGAGCAAAAAGAAGGGUCAAACAAGGCUGGACCAAACCUCCUCCAACUUGGUGUAAAAUGAACUGUGAUGGGGCUGUUUGUACAAUCUCCGAGAAGGCUGCUGUAGGAGGUAUUUUGAGAGAUACUACAGACCGUUUUAUGUUGGCGUUCAAUAGAAACUAAGGGACAUGUUCCAUAGAGACGGCGGAGUUGCGUGCUAUUCUUCUCGCCAUGCAGGUAGCAAAGCAACAAGGAUGUACCAAGUUGCUGGUAGAAUCCGACUCUUCAUUGGCGAUAGAAAUGGUAAAUCGCCUACGAGAGACGUCUACGACACCCCUUGAUCUUGAAUUAAGGGAGAUUUUUAAUCUUUUGCAAGUUAGUUGGGAGGUGCAAUUUAUGUACACAGCUAGAGAUAAUAAUAUGUGUGCAGAUUCCCUCGUCAAGUAAGUUUUGGAGAUAGAUAGGGGGUUAUAUUUUUUUGAUGUUCCCCUGCACUUCAUUAGUUUGCUGUUAGAAGAGGACGCAAAAACGUCCAAUGUUUAGUAGUAGCAUGAAAUUAUGCAGUCAUUAG